GCAAUUUCACCGAAAAAUGAAUCCCAAAUAACCAGCUCGAGAAAAACCUUUAAAAACCCUCGGUCCCUCUCAGCUAAGCUACGUUUCGAUCCUAAACCAAAAGGCAAAGAUCUUUUCAGAUCAUUUUCGAGUAAACUGAGAUUCGGAUAAGCCAUGGAGUUAGUCAAGCUCUCGAUAUAUUCAUCGCUGAUCGUGUUGGCGUUGACCUUUUCCGUCUCAGCCGCCGGCGAUGAAUCUGAAUCGAAGGAGUUCGUAGUGACGUUGGAUCACUCGAAUUUCAAGGAUUUUGUCUCGAAGAACAAAUUCGUCGUGGUUGAAUUUUACGCGCCUUGUGGUUUAGCGGUCUCUAAUGUGGCAGAUUAUUUUCCUCUUUCUUUCUUGAUCUACAUUUUGGAUGCCUUGAGGUGCGGUCAUUGUAAGAAACUUGCUCCAGAGUAUGAGAAAGCUGCUUCUGUUCUUAGUGCGCUUGAUCCUCCUGUAGUCUUAGCAAAAGUUGAUGCUAGUGAUGAGCAAAACAAAAUCAUUGCUAAUGAAUUUGAGGUUAGAGGUUACCCUACACUUAAAAUACUGAGAAAUGGAGGCAGUGUUAUUCAAGACUACAAAGGACCCCGAGAUGCAGAUGGUAUUGUCACUUAUUUAAGAAAGGAAAGUGGUCCCGCUUCCUUUAAAAUCAAAUCCUCUGAAGAUGUCUCAUCUAUAAUCGACGAAAACAAGAUUCUUGUCGUUGGCGUGUUUCCAGAAUUUUCUGGUGAGAAGUUUGAAAAUUUCACUUCUCUGGCUGAGAGACUGCGUGCUGAUUAUGAGUUUGGUCAUACUUUGGAUGCUAAACUUCUUCCUCGUGGAGACUCCUCUGUUGCAGUACCUAUUGUUAGGUUGUUAAAGCCUUUUGAUGAACUCUUCGUGGAUUUCCAGGAAUUUGAUGUGGAUGCUUUAGUGAAAUUUGUUGAAGAAACUAGCAUCCCAACCGUGACUUUCUUCAACAAGGAUCCGAAGAACCAUCCUUUUGUCAUUAAAUACUUCAACAGUGCCAAUGCCAAGGCAAUGUUGUUCCUUAAUUUUACCAGCGAGCAGUUUGAUGCAUAUAAAACGAAAUAUCAUGAGGUGGCUGAGCUUUACAAGGGCAAAAACCUGAGCUUUCUUAUUGGCGACAUUGAGGCUAGUCAAGGUGCCUUUCAGUAUUUCGGGCUCAAGGAUGAGCAAGUUCCUCUUAUCGUUAUUCAGACUAAUGAUGGUGAGAAAUAUCUCAAACCUAAUGUUGAACCAGAUCAGAUUGCCUCGUGGGUGAAAGACUUCAAGGAUGGCAAUGUUCAAGCAUAUAAGAAGUCAGAGUCGAUUCCUGAAGUUAACAACGAUCCCGUUAAAGUGGUGGUGGCUGACAACCUCCAAGACGUGGUUUUCAAUUCCGGGAAAGAUGUUCUUCUGAUGUUCCAUGCACCAUGGUGUGGACACUGCAAGAAGUUGACACCAAUCUUGGAUGAAGUUGCUCUCUCGUUUGAGAAUGACCCGGAUGUUGUAAUUGCCAAAAUUGAUGCCACUGCAAAUGAUAUCCCACGGGACAUUUUUGAGGUGAAAGGUUAUCCGACAUUAUAUUUCAGGUCUUCGACUGGGAAUAUUGUCCUGUACGAUGGAAAUAGAACCAAAGAAGACUUGAUUGAUUUCGUUCACAAGAACCGAGCUACUGUUGCCAAACAGGAAUCACAAAAGGAGGAACUCUAGAGAAGGCGUGUGAAGUCAUCAUCUCUUUCGGAGAGAAAAUGUUCACUCUUUUGAGACAGGCAGAUGAUUUUGGUCGACCUGAAAUUCCUCGGUAGAAAAUAUUGCAUCUCCAUUUUUCUUAAAUAUUAUUUACUAAGGAGAAGAUGAAAAUUUUUCGGGUUGUUACUUAAAGCAAUUUCAGAUGUUUAGAUUUGCAUGACCUUCAGCAGUGUUGACACGGCUUUGUGGCUGUUUAGAGUAAGAACUUGGUUUAUAAUUACCAGAUCAAAAUAGUUCCUUUUCAUAGUCAAAUAUUUCACAUUGCUAUGUCAGGCCUUUCCAUAUGGUGAACUUACUCUGAUCAAAAUAAAUUUACACUGUGAUUUUAAUCGUUAAUUUAUACAUUUUCAUAGUGUAUGUUGGUUUAAUGGUUAAAAAGCUUUGUGUG